AAAUGAUUAGUUGUGGUCUCUGUCAAUUAUACAUGAACCUGAUAAAUUAUACCGACGAUUGGUUGUCUUUGGUGAACACACGAUCAAUAUGAAUUCGAAAAUCUUCGAUGUGAACAGUCCGUUUACACGUACGAGUAAAAGGCAAUAGAAUUUAUUUAAUUGUGUACCAUAAAAUCAACCAUUUGGCGGGCGGUCGUAGAAGACGGACUAGAUGGCGCCACGCAUACGUGACAUAAUGAUAACCGUGUUUUUCAUUAUCGAUUAUUUACUAGUUGUUUACAGUCGCGUUAUCCGGCACCGGAACAUUGUAUGAAGACGCGUAGCUCUCGUUGGCCAUCUUACUAUUCUUGUUUAUCUCAGAACUUCGCUCCGUAAGUCGUUGCCGCAGCCAGCGUUCCUAAUUCCUGGCUGUCCGCCGUUCGAGUACCACAACAGCGGUUUACCAGUGUGCCGACCGUGUGUAGUAUGAUGUCUCGGUCAGUGCGUGCGGAGACCAGGAGCAGGGCCAAAGAUGACAUCAAGAGAGUCAUGCAAGUCGUGGACAAGGUCCGCCGAUGGGAGAAGAAAUGGGUAACAAUUGGAGAGACUACAAUGAAAAUAUACAAAUGGGUCCCUAUAAUCUCCAAUGAUCAGAAAAAGAAAUCUAAAGAACAUUCACAUGCAAACAAAGAGAACAUAUUGGGCAAAAGACCUUCAGAACCAACUCAUUCUAACUUUACAAUUGCUGAUGACUCAAAUACAUCAUUUUCAGUCAGUGAUUCCCACUCACAAGAGCCAACAGAAUUUGCAGCCCAAUUGGGUUUUUCUGAAGACUCAAAUUCACAGAGUAGUGAACCACCACCAGCCAAACAAAUAAAAACUGAAUGAUUUUUCCUUUUUGACUAACCCUCUUAUUAUUUUUUUUAAUUUGACUGUCUUUUGUAACAUUUUCCCUGUAAAAAAACGCAUUAUUACCUACCUC